CUGCCGGCCUCCCUCCCUCUGCCUGCACUGCCAGCAUCCCGGGCCCUGGUCACACACUCGGCUCCAGGACAAUGACCGCUCUGCACACGCUGUGGAUGGGGCUGGUCCUGCUGGGGGUCCUGGGAGUCCUGCAGACGCGGGCCCAGGCCCCCGUCUCCCUGCAGCCCAACUUCCAACAGGACAAGUUCCUGGGGCGCUGGUUCACCUCGGGCCUCGCCUCCAACUCGAGCUGGUUCCGGGAGAAGAAGAAUGUGCUGUCCAUGUGCAUGUCCGUCGUGGCCCCGACCGCAGACGGAGGCCUCAACCUCACCUCCACCUUCCUCAGGAAAGAGCAGUGUGAGACGCGGACCCUGCUGCUGCUGCCGGCAGGAGCCCCGGGCUGCUACAGCUACACCAGUCCCCACUGGGGCAGUACCCACGACGUGUGGGUGGCGGCGACCAACUACGAUGAGUACGCGCUUCUCUACACCACGGGCACCAAAGGCCUCGGCCAGGACUUCCACAUGGCCACUCUCUACAGCCGCACCCAGACCCCGAGGGCCGAGAUAAAGGAGAAAUUCACCACCUUUGCCAAGACCCGGGGCUUCACAGAGGAUGCCAUUGUCUUCCUGCCACAGACGGAUAAAUGCAUGGAGGAGCACAAGUAGGUGAACCCCGGCCCCCAGGACCUGGCCGUCCCGCCCUGCUCUGCUCUUUCCUCCAAGACCCCCAAGGCCCCAGCCCUGGCUCCUCCCUGCCCCCACCUCUGCGCCCUUUGGCUUUCUCCUGGCUCUGAGAAUAAACUCCGGAAGCAAAUCAGCCGUC